CAGAGACAUGUUCGCCAAUGACGAGCUAGCGGACUCAUUAGGCGAUGAGUAUGACCAGUGGAAAGACUUUGACGGCCUCAACCACAACUUUGAUGGUCUAGGAGCUGAACUGGACAAUGCGCCCAAUUUGGGCACGUAUAUGUUCGAGGAGAACAAUAUCUUCAUGGAUGUUCCCAAUGCGUUUGAGGAAGGUCAGAAGAUUAUGCGAGAGGGUGGAAACCUCAGUCUCGCUGCGCUGGCUUUUGAGGCUGCUGUGCAAAAGGACAAAGAUUUUGUUGAGGCCUGGGUCGCCCUUGGACAAGCACAAGCUCAGAAUGAAAAGGAAUCGCCAGCAAUCCGCGCUCUCGAACGGGCGUUGGAUAUCGAUCCCAACAGUCUCGAAGCUCUCAUGGGUCUCGCAGUUUCAUACACUAACGAAGGAUACGACACGCUCGCCUAUCGCACCCUCGAACGCUGGGUCGGCGUUAAGUAUCCCCAACUCGGCGUGCCUGCCCGUGGUACAGAAGCAGGCCCUGACCCGGAAGAAAUGGGCUUCACCGACCGACAUCAACUUCACGAAAAGGUCACCAACUACUUCCUUCGCGCAGCCCAACUCAAUCCCUCCGGCGGCGCCGUCGACGUCGAUGUCCAAGUCGGACUCGGUGUCCUCUUCUACGGCAGCGAGGACUACGACAAAGCUGUCGACUGCUUCACCGCCGCGCUCAACAGCCACGCUCACGGCGCUAUGAAGCGCGAAGGCGAGGAGCACCUCCUGUGGAACCGUCUCGGCGCCACUCUCGCCAAUUCCGCUCGCUCGGAAGAGGCCAUCGAGGCGUACUCGCGCGCUCUCGAGCUCCGACCCAACUUCGUCCGCGCCCGUUACAACCUCGGCGUGUCAUGCAUCAACCUUGGCGUUCUCGACCAGGCCGCCGCGCACCUGCUGGGCGCGCUGUCCAUGCACAAAGUAUUGGAGCAGGAAGGCCGGGCAAAGGCGGCGGAAUUGCUGGGCGGAGGGCCCACUGGUGAAGGCGCGGACGCCCGCGCAGUGGAGCACCUGCUACAGGCGAACCAGAGCACGAAUCUGUACGAUACCCUGCGGAGAGUGUUCACCAACAUGGACAGGCGGGAUCUUUCGACCAUGGUCGGACCGGACAUGGACCUCGAUGCGAUGAGGAAGGAGUUUGACUUUUAAAAGCAUCUGUACCUAGACAGAUGUGUGGGAAUGAUCAGGACGUCUAUUGAGAGCGAAAAAUCGACGGAAUAGUGCGGAAAAUAUGUUUCAACAGAAAACAGGGUUACGGGGCAGUUGUCGACAGUGGGUAUUGGAGGGCGCAGUACAAUGGGCGGGCAUGGUAGAGAGGGAGGCAUUUCUGGCGCGUAUGUCGCUGCUGUAGACCAUCUCCAUGUCCUGGUUAGGGAUGUUUGUUCUUGGAAAAUCGUAGACAAGGAAAGAAUUUUAUUUCCCAUCUUGCCGUGGGUCCUCCAUUCUUCCUGCAAUGUCGAAUUGAAACUGCUGCAUAUUGG